AUGAUAAAGGAGCUUAGAUUACGACAAGGUGUUUAUCAUGGUAUGUAUGGCACCAACACACAUUACGAAAAAGUACUACAAGCCUUGCAUCUUGCUCCAAAUGAGUUUGCAACGGAGGAGAAGUGGUUAUGCGUGCCGGAUAUGGACCACAUUGUUGCUACGAUGUACCAGAUUGUGUUCGUGACCUUGUCGAAUCGAGGGGGCGCCACCUACUUCCCUCUCACCGGUCCAGUGCUACAUCUGUCAGAGCAACAAAUUAUAUGUUUACUCGUUGUCAACAACAACCACUGGGUGAAGGCGCUUAUUUCAAGUGACUUUCCUUUGCCAACGGUUAAUCCACAAUGGAUGUAUCAUUGUACUGUUGAAGCUUGUGGUUGGCAGCUACCAUACCUGGAUCGCAUGACCCUAUUCAACGAACUCUAUCGAAAGGAAAAUGUAGACAUACAUAAGAUCGAUGGAAUCAUAAAUCUCGCUGAAGAUUAG